AUGGCCGACGCGGGACCAGGCACACCCGCGGGGCCUCCCAAACCGCGCCUCAAGAUCAACGUUAAUCGAGCCGCCUCCUUUGUCACCGACACACCGCCGUCAGCCGUGGCCGCGACUCCUGGCGAAGGCGGCAGCUCGCGCAAAGUGAAGCUCAAGCUCAGCGGCUCGACACCUGCCACGCCCGGCGCCGAGCAGGCGACACCUGUCAAGACCAAGGCCGGAAGACAGCCGAAGCCCACACAGAAGCUCGUAGAGAGCAAGAAGCGACAGCGAGACGAUGACGACGACGACGAUAUGCCCCUCGCGGCCUCGGCGCCGCCCGCGACAAAGAUCAAGAUUCGACAGGCCAAGGCCCUAGCAGCGGCUGGCGCUGCCCAUACCCAAGUGGUGCUGAAAGCGCGCGGGCGUCCGCCGGUGCACCCACCGGGUGACGGGUACGAUUCCGAGGCCAGCGAUCGCGAGCUGGACCCUGCGAUUGAGGAGCAGUUUGUCAUGCGCAUGGUGCCGGGCGAGCACAGCGACUACGUGCGCGCCAUGAUGGAGACGGGCAAGAUUGGCGUGAGCCGGCAGCAGGGCGGGGCCAACAUUUCGCUGAAAUUCUUUGACGAGGAGUCGCACCGCGCGGUGGUGACGGUCAAGGGGCAGAUGUUUGCGGCCGUCAUGGUGGACCUGCCGACCAUUACCGAGUCGAUGAAGACGUGGGACAAGAAGUCCUUUCUCAAGUCGGCCGACGUCUGCCAGAUGCUGCUCGUGUUCCAGCCCGUCAAGACCGAGGACGAGGCCAAGAAGGCGCCGCUGCCGAGCAUGAUUGACGGCAACUUCAAGUGGCCGCACGGGCUGACGCCGCCGAUGCACGACUGCGUGAACCGGCGCUUCGCCAAGACCAUCUCGCGCAAGGAGAUUGAGGACAAGGAGCAGGAGGUCGAGCGGCUCCUCUCCGAGGAUGGCAUGGCGGACCGCACCGCGUGGGAGUGGGUGGACGAGGCUGGCGAGAACGGCGCCGGCACCGCGGGCGAGGAGGAGGACGCCGAGGGUGAAGACGCCGAGGGCGAGCUCGACGAUUCCAUGGGCUACUUUGGCGCCGAAGACGGCGAGGACGGCGCGGAGGGCGAUCUGGACCUCGAAGCGGACCUGGAGGCAGCCUUUGCGGAUGAUUUGGUCGCGGACACGCCCGCGACAGGCAUGGAAGUCGGCACACCCAUGAUGACGACGCAAGCCAACACCCCCGCCGUGCACCAGUCCAUCGAGAUGGACAUGUCGGAGGAAUCAGACGAAGAUGACGACGACGAUGAUGACGACGACGACGACGAGGAUCUGGACGAGGACCAGCGCGCGGCACGCGACGAGGCGCAGGGCGUCAAGGACAUCAUCAACGAUCUCAAGAAGCAGCUCAACCACCGCCGGGCCGACCUCGAAAAGACGCAAAACAAGAUUCUGCGGCAGCGUCUGGAGAGCCAGAUCAAGCAGCUCAAGUCGGAGAUUGAGCUGAAAAUGUCGUCGAUUGGUAUGGAAAUGGACGACUAG